GACGGGAAGCGUCUUUGUAAAUGAAAGUAAACACUAUAUAGUGGUCGUGAGCAGGCAACAUUUGUGUUUUGUUUAAAACAGGAGAAUUUGCAGUCAACUGUAUUAGCGCAGAAUCCGACGGAGUUAUACUAACGGGUAUGGUCUUAGGCGUGUCUAGUUGAAGUUGGCACUAGAUCAUUUUAAGUUCAGGAAAACAACAAUACAUUCUCCAUUGCUGGACAGAAGAGCAAGUUAACGUGCUUGGUAUCACCAUGGCGAGUGUACACGAGAGCUUGUAUUUUAACCCAAUGAUGACCAACGGGGUAGUGCACGCUAACGUCUUCGGGGUAAAAGACUGGGUGACCCCGUACAAGAUAACUGUGCUGAUGCUGUUGGAUGAGAUGACCGUAUCGACGUCUAUAACUCUACUGGAUAGAAGACGGCUUAACAAACUGAUCUUACCAUUGCUGCAGAGUCCAGACAUGACACUUUCUCAGUUAAUCAAGACUGUUGAAGACUCCUGCCCACAGUUGGCUUACACUGUUCAUUUAAGGUUGCAGCUAAUGGCCGAUGGGGAGCUGAAGGAUAUGGAGCACUUUUUUGAUAUGUUACCCAGUCCAUUUAAUGAGACUGAAUCAGAAGCACACAAAACAAGUGUAGUAGGGUUGUUUAUGCGUCACAUGGUCUUGGCGUACAACAAGCUGUCCUUCAGUCAAGUGUACAAGCUGUAUACUGCGCUGCAGCAGUACUACCAGAGCUGUGAGAGGAAGGACAGUCCGGCCGCAGAGCCAGCUGAGGACACAGGCAUGGAGCUGACCAACACGGAGGAGCUGGGAGCGAAGAUGGAGAAAGAGGAGCUGGACUUUGCACCCAGUGAUGAUGAAGUCUCCGCUAGGGGCCCUCUAUCCCAGAAGCAGGCAGAGUAUUUUCUAGCUCAGCAGGCGUAUUUGCUGAAGAAUGAUGAAAACAAAGCCCUGGACCCAGCAGCUCUGCAGAAGGAACUGAACAACAUGCUAAAGUUUAAUCCUGAUUUUGCUGAAGCUCAUUACUUGAGUUACUUGAACAGCAUGCGAGUCCAGGACAUUUUUAACUCCACAGACAGUCUCCUGCAUUACUUCGAUCGGCUCAUCCUGCCUGGAGGCGACAGCAAGAGCAACGGGGAUGAAGGCUGCGGGCGCAGCCUGCGCUAUGCUGCUCUCAACCUCGCCGCUCUGCACUGCCGCUUUGGCCACUAUCAACAGGCUGAGCUGGCUUUGCAAGAAGCAAUUCGCAUUGCCCAAGAAUCCAACGAUCAUGUUUGCUUGCAGCACUGCUUGAGUUGGCUGUACCUCCUGGAACAAAUGAAGGGCUCUGACAGCACUCUCACUGAACACGCUGUGAAAAUGGCCGUGCACUUCUGUUUACCGUAUCUAGCAUCCCUUGGAAUUCAGUCAUUGGUGCAACAAGGGGCUGUUGGGGGAAAGACAGCCAAUAAGUUAAUGGAUGCUUUGAAGGACACUGAUCUGUUACAUUGGAAGCACAGCCUGUCUGAGCUCAUUGAUAUCAGCAUUGCACAGAAAACUGCUAUCUGGAGAAUGUAUGGGAAAAGCAUGAUGGCACUCCAGCAAGCCCAGGUGCUGCUGAAUAUGAACAGCCUGGAGCCGGUGAAUCUAGGGGUGCAGCAGAACAACUCGGAGGCCUUCGCUGUGGCACUGUGCCACCUGUCUGAGCUGCACGCAGAGCAGGGUCUUUUUGCAGCCGCCUCCGAGAUCUUGAAACACCUGAGGGAGCGGUUUCCUCCUCACAGUCAACAUGCAAAACUGUGGAUGCUUUGUGACCAGAAGAUCCAGUUCGACAGAGCUAUGAAUGAUGGGAAGUAUCACCUGGCAGACUCUUUAGUCAUGGGGAUAGCUGCUCUAAGCAAGACUGAGGGUUUGUAUAGAAAAGCACUUGUAUUGAAGGCUCAGAACCAAACUACGGAAGCCUAUAAGGUCCUGCAAAGGCUACUGCUGUACUGUGAGAAAAUAAAGGGAACAGAAAUGACCAUCCGAGUGAUGCUGUCUCUAGCCGAGCUGCACUGGAGCUCCUGUUGCCAUGCCAUCGCGCUCCCCUUGCUGCUGAGAUCUCUUGCCUUGUCCCGUGAGUAUCACCUGCAGCACCUAGCCUCCGAGUCCAUCCUGCACCUGGCCUUCUCACAGCUGAUGCUUGGCAUCCCUGAACAGGCAUUAAAUAUCCUGCACAUGGCUAUCGAGCCCAUCCUGGCACAUGGGGCUCUCCUGGACAAAGGUCGUGCCAUGCUGUUAGUGGCCAAGUGUCAGAUUGUUACAGUCUCAUCAGAGCCUUCGAAACAGAAAGCCCAAGCAGCUUUGGAAGUGGCUAUUCAAAACCUGGAGGAAGCCGGCACGUAUUUUGCCAAAGUAGAUUGCAAAGAGAGAGUGAGAGACGUCUAUUACCUGCAAGCCCGGCUGUACCACUCUCUGGGGAAGACUGCACAGAGGAAUAAAUGUGCAAUGCUCUUCCGCCAGCACAACCAGGAGCUGCCAUCUCAGGGAGUGCCACUGAUCACCAGGCUGUGAAACUGAAUCGGAGACAGUGAAGGAGCCUGUCGCUACUGCUAUCCACUCCCAAUCACCCAGCACAGGGAGGGUCUCUUGAAAAAUGGAUGUACAUUGGUAAUGUUAAAUAGUGUAUAUUUCAAAUAAUAAAGAGAAGUGAUUCUUUCGUU